AUGGAGUCUCUACCUGAUGAGCUAUUCUUACUUAUCUUUCGUUACUUAAAAAAAUUUGAUGUUAUUUGCGCAUUUAACAGCCUGAAUUAUCGUUUUCAACGAAUAAUUAACUCAUAUUUAACUCAUAUUGAUGUAACACGAGUGGAUAAUGUUAAUUGUAAAACUCUUCGAUCAUUUUAUAAUCAUGUUUUACCUUCACAUGGUCAUCAAAUUCAAUCUAUCACUUUCAACUUCGAGCGACAGCAACGAUAUUUUGAACCUUACAUUCAUCUGUUCCUCAAUUUAAAAUCUCUUACAUUAAAAUCUGAUAAAAGCCGUCAAUCAUACUGUGCACGUCAAUUAAAUCAAUUUCUUGUCAAGGUUCUUUCAUUGGAAAAUUUAACUGACCUUUCACUUCAACCACGAAAAGCAACUCUAAAAUUAAUUGCAAAUCAUGCAUCAAAGAAUCUCUCAACAUUAUCUUUAUUAUUAAUAUCUUACUGUUUCACCUUAUCUACUGUGCCUCAAAUACCUUCUAUAACACGUCUCUCAAUCGAAUCAGAUCUGUCUUGUUUGGACUUGAAGGAUGUAUUCCGAAUAAUGCCGAAUCUUAUCGAAUUGAAUUUUACAAUCAAUUAUGAUUAUAGACACGUAUUCAGUUAUCGUACAUACGAUGACCUACAGAUUCCUUCGUCACUUGAAAAGAUGAUUUUCAAAUUUGGUACGCUGGAUAAUAUGGCUCGUUGUUACUAUAAUAAAGAUGUGAGUGGAUUUGGAAAUUUCUUGAAUUUAUUCAAAGAUAAUUUAAAAUCAUUAAUAUUAAUCGGGUUUUGUCGUACAGAAUCUGUUGAUCAUGAGAAAUUGCAAAGUUUAAUAGCGAAGUUUUCUCGAUUGGAAACUUUUCAAUAUUAUUUGUAUAGCAGUGAUCAACCAGAUCAUUGUUUGUCAAAUAUGACAAUUCUCGAUCAUCGUUUUGGACAUUUCCGUCAAAGAUUUCAACUUACGCUUUCACGAUAUUUAACUCCACAAAAACUAUUUCUGUGCACAAAAUUUAAUGUUUUAGAGAAAGAAUUUAUUUCUCAUCGAUUGUUGUCGUACUACAGUUUAAACAAUGACUUGAAACUUCGAAAUAUGAGAGAAAUUCAUUGUUAUCAUCAUAUUCNCAGGAGUCCAAUGACAUUUUCACGUUGUUUCGAGUUGAUCAACAACAUUCCAUUCUAA